AUGGCUGGCCUUUCAGACUUGGUUGACGGUUAUUCUUUCUGCACACCAUUAGAACCUAACAAUGAAAUUGAGGAAUUAGCGAUAUUGCAUAUAGACGAAGAAAAUGCACGUAAUUCAAAAGAUGAUGCACUGCUAGAUAAUAUUUUUGAAUUAAGGGAGCAAAAUGAGUUUAAAAUGGCCCAAGAAGAAAACUGCUUAGUUCUGAAUGAAGAAACCAUUGCAAAAGAACAUUCCACGCCAGCAAUACAGCAAACAGAAUCGCGGGGAUUCAUUGAUUUAAAAUCCAACAUAAUUAAAAAUUCCUAUAAAAAUGGGGACUUGAAAAUUCCUAAUAACCUAAAAGGCAUAUUCACCUGCCACACAAGCUCAGUAGAACACGAUUACUGUUUGUGGAACAAGUCAAAAUAUUGCUGCUGCAGUACGGAGACAAACAGGGAUGCUAGACUGACUUUAGAAGAUGAACCUUUUGACGAUUGUCUCAACUAUUUGGAAUGUUCAGAUGUAAUGACGGAUUAUACCAAUGAGGUUUGGCAGCAUGCUCUGCUAGUUGAUGAUCCACUAUUUUUACUGGAAAAUUACCAGGCUGAUGAGAUAAAUGAGACAAAAGUAAGCCAGGAUUGCCUAAAUGGGUGUGAUCUAUUCCACUGUGGUGUGUCUUGUGUGAAGGAAGUGUCAGAUGACACACUGCCAAUGGAAGUAUUUACUGGCCUCCCUGACAGUCACUCACAAUCAUCAGAAGAAGCUGUAAAAAAAGAUCUCUCCAGGGACUGUCUGAAAGCUUUUCAACCAGAGAUGGUAAUUACUGUGGAACACAAACAGGAUGAAAUGCCCAGAGUUAAAAGUAAAGAGAGGUGUAAACUAGCCUUGGCUGCAGCAGCAAUUCAAAAUGACCAGGCCGGGAUUGAAGAGGAGAACAAGGAAAAUAGCAGAAGAGGAGAUGGAUCUACUUCUAGUAAAGCGAGCAAUAUCAAUGCCUUUAAUAAACUGUUUCCAACUAAUGGAAUAGAUCAAAAAGAUUUAAACUUAAGGACGGAUGAGUCGAUAGAAAAUCCUCCAAUCCAUGUGUGUUCACAAGACAUUCGAGAAAGUGGAGUACCCAUUUCACAAGAUGAUAAACCAGCCCUUCUUGAUGAGGAAGCUCGUGGAGUAAGGACAGAUCAGUGUCAGAAGGACAGGUUAAAUAAUACCCACAACAAACUCAGUAAUGUAAACUCAGAAAUUAAAGGUUUCAUAGAGGCGGGAGCACCGGAAUGUCCAGAACAGAUGGAUACAAAGUAUAAAUGCGCAAUGGAAUGUGAAGGAAAAAUCUGCAAAGAAAACAAGGAUUUCUCUGGAAAUACAACACUUACAGUAAGAUCAUAUUUUUAAUCAGUUAACCCCGUAAUAAUGUAUUAUUGUGAAAGAGUGUUCAAUAGAAAAAAAUAAUAAUUCUUAAAAAACAGUCUGGGCACUAAUGAGUGACAGUUACUGCUGUGAAGGAAUAACAGUUUUUUUUAAAAGUCUAAUAAAUAGAAAUGGCUACUAAUUAUAGAAAAAAAGACUAUUAUAGCCUUGAGACCCUAACGGGGCUUAGGACAGCUGUAUACAGAAAUGUGAUCUAUACAUGUACAGAUAUUGCUGCACAUAGACAUUUAACUCUAACAGAUGAAUGAAAUGAAACAAAACACUUCAAUGCUGGCUCUUGUUUAAAGGAACACACACUAGUUAGACAGCUUUUCUGUAUUGUGUUAAAAUGUAGUCUGACAAAAUCUAAAGCAGAAGAUGAAAGCACAUAUUGGAAAAGCUUCCCAGUUUUGCCUCAAGUUGGACAAAACAUUUAAUCGUGACACUAAAAUGGCAAUGAGAAUUCUACUUGGAUUAGCAACCUGCUACGCAACAUGAUAACUGCUCUACCUUUGGAUAUUCUGUUUUUCCAAAGCAAAUUAUGUAAACAUUGUUUAACGGACAUUGGAGGCGAUUAAAAGAGGCAAAACAGGUUUUAUUUUGGGCGAAAGUGCUAAAUUACCUUUUAUUGGUUUCCAUGGUGAUCACUCCUAAUUUAGUUCUUUUCCCCAGUAUACCACCUGUUUUUGCCUUGAUAAAUUUAGUCCAUUGUUUUGGUAGUUUUACUGUAAGUAAAGAGACAUAGUGACAUUUCCAAAAGCUUUGUAGAUGAGACCUUUACAACUCUACAGCUGUCCUUGCAUAGGAUUCAUUCACCAUACCAAGAAUUGCUAAAAACUUUAAAGGGAAUUGCAAACUCAAGACGAAAAAAGCCAAGCAGUAGAAUAUUUCCAGCUUGGUGAUGUUUUGCCAUUUAGCUAUCAGUUGUCCAUAAUUCCUGGUACACUACCUAUUAGUUUCUCCAGUCAGCAGUAAGACACUUCCAAACUGGAAAAAAAUGUCAUGUGAGAUGUAUUUUCCACCACGUCGUCUUCCAUAAAUCAGUGAUUACAGUGCAACUGGCAGGCUAGGAAGGUAUUCACAGUGACAAGAUCAAGAUUGGUGAACAGUAAGUCAACACAUUUCAACUGAUCCACGAUUUUCCUAUGUUAAAAUAUAAACACUUAUAUUAGCCCACCCAGCAAAUACACGUGCAUGCACACCCAACCAUAUGAUCAUUACAUAAUGACAAUCAGCUGUCCUUCUAUUUAUACAUGUAUUUACAAAUUAUGCUUAUAGUAAUCCAUACCUCCCAAGUGUCACUAUUCAGGAGAGACAGCCCCUACCGUGAGCCCAAAUCCCUCUGACCCAAAUCCCUCUUUUGUACCCAAAUGUCCUUUUUUCUAGCAGCUCCAUAUUGUUGGUGUGUCUGAGUGUAUAACAGAGCUCCACAGCAAUAAUACUCUUAGUAAUGUGUCUUUAAACUACAAUAAAAGUGUAUAGAAAUCGGACUGUGCAAAAAAAAAAAUCCUUACUCUAAUUACAUUUUAGUUGCAUGAAUCAUUACUAAUAAGUUACCUAAAAUGUCUCAGAACAGCCCCAUCCCUGGCCACACCCCCACUCACACCACUAAAAUGAAUGUGUCCCUCUCUAUGUCCGCCAUUUUAAUUGUUGGGGGAAAUACGUUAAGCCAACAUAUUACACAUUUUAUUUAUUUAGAAAGUAAAGUUUGCACGGUUUUUCCCUCUUUGCAAAUUUCCAGUGUACUGUUAACCAAUCUAUUAUAUAUGAGGAAACAGAUUAGAGGAACGACAUGUAGUAAGAAUACACAAUUAAUUAUUUAAAUUAAUUCUACUUAACAUACACAUGAAAAAUUAUUUGAAACAAUAUUCAAACAAAUUGGGAUUUAUCCUUUGCGUAUACCUCUGUAAUGUAUUUUCCUACAUGGUAUUAAACAUAAAAAUCAAGGUCAUUUGUACCAAAUCGUUGUUAUUAUUAUUAUAAUUAUUAUUAUCAUUUUUAUUAAAUGCAUUUGCUGACAAUUAUGUAUUUCAUAUUUUGUCUAGGACAGACACACAAACAUGUACGCAAUGUGUAUUUGAUAUUCUAUUUGACAUACAUACUAAGACAUCACAUAUAAACCCCAAGAUUUAAUUUAGCUGAUACAGAAAUAAAGCUAAUCUUGAUUUUACAAGAACAAGCCCCUCAUGUUGCUAUAAUAAAUGUAUACCAAUAUUCAGUCCAUCCUGUACACCCAUGGAUUUAUUAUUAUUAUUAUUAUUAUUGCCAUUUAUAUAGCGCCAACAGAUUCCGUAGUGCUUUACAAUAUUAUGAGAGGGGGGAUUUAACUAUAAAUAGGACAAUUACAAAAACUUACAGGAAAGAUAGGUUGGAGAGGACCUGCUCAAACAAGAUUACAUUCUACCCAGAACACACAUAAAGAUGUGGAUUAAUUCCACCCAAUACAUGUUGUACAUGUUCGAACAAAAUCUGUCUUUUCACAGCUUUACUGUAAGGGAACAUGGUGACAUUUUCGAAAGCUUUGAAGCUGAGGCAUUUAACUGUACAGCUGUCCUCAUAUACUAUUUACUUACUAUUCUAUCCUCCUGUGUACAUAUGUACAAAUCAAUAUUAAUUGCACCCUAUCAUUGAGGCAUGGAAGCUUCCAGAUUAUGAUAAAAUGUCUAAAUUGUUAUCCUUAGUCUUAAUAAAUAAGUAUUUAUUUAAAUUUUAGUUCUGUUAAGUAAGCAAACGUUUGAAGGGGUUAAUGGGAAAACUGCUUAAUUGAGAAUGUAUUCUUUGGUGGUUAACCAGUUAUGUAUAAAGGACAGACAAUGAUGCCCUGACACACCCAAUGCAGCAGGAAUAGAGGGGCACAGCUUUGUGCAUUGGUAGGGAGAUCAAUAAAUCUCCACCACCAGCCCUUAGCUACCUCAUUGCUUCAAAAAGAGGCCAUUGAGAGGAUGCAAAUCAAUGUAAAUGCUCCUUUGUGGUACUGGGACCGGAAAGACCAAUUACAAGGAUCUGCACCCAUUAGUGGUGCAUACCAAAAAUUUCUCCCUCAGAGUCACCAGGGACAGAACCCCACUGGACCACCAGGAAGUGGAACUGUGAUCAGAACCCCUCCAGAUCUCCAGGGCCGCGCAAUAAUCAUGGGCUGAGGCUGACAGGCGAGAUCAGAGGAACUCCCCUGCCAGCCCAUGCAGAGCCGCCACUUGCCAGCGAUAUCGAAGUACAGACCUUGCUGGGUGCCUUAAAGGGCUAGUGGGGGGAUCAACAAUUCCCCUCAGUGGCCCAUCUGGCACUUUACUACAGUUUGUUUGGUUUGAGUUUUUUUAAUAAUAAGAAUAAUCUAACCAUUUUGCUCCCAGUCCCAUUUCACCAACGCCCCAAACACACACAAUAUAGGCCAUAUACCACCUAGCACAGUUACACACACUGGACCCCUCACACACUGCACCUUUCACACACACUGCACCCCUAUACACACACACACUACACCCCUACACACACACUGGACCCCUACACACACUGGACCCCUACACACACUUGAUCCCUACACACUGCACCCCUGUGCACGCACUACAUCUCUCACACACUGCACCCCUCACACACACUGUACCCUUCACGCGCUACACCUCUACACUUAUGAGAUUCCAUAUAGACAGUCAUUCCUUACAUACACACCGCAUCACCCACACACACUAGAUCCCCUAUACACACUAGAUCUUCUAUAGACACACACUACAUUUCAGUCAUACACACUAUGUCCCCUAAAUACACUGUGCUUCUUCAAUGCCUGCACUAGAUCCCCUAUACACAAACACAGACAACUAAAGACACUCUCUCUACAGCCCAUACACACACUGUAUUAACCUACACACACACACACACACUGCAGCCCCAAUGCACAUACUCACUGCAUUCCCUAUAUACACACACUACAGUACCUAUACACACACACUCCCUACAGCCGCUAGCUACACACACUAUAGGCACUAGCCCACAUAUUACACCACAAACAGAAGACAUUGAGAGCAUUUGAUUGGCGCAGAGCAACGUUUUGCUGCGCAUGCACAUUAGCCUUCAAAUGUUUCAAAGCAUUACAUUGUCUGGGUUUAUCGAGACUGAUGAUCUCAGCCAGUGAAGCAGGGCACCAGCAAACUGACAUGUUAAACCUCUGCAAGUGGGCAUCAACACCUACAUAGGUAGGAGAACACUCUAGCUUUAGAAAUACAUGUUUACAUUUCUUAAUCUAUAGUGUUCCUUUAAUAUGCAGUUUGUCAUGUUGUAGGUACUACGAUAAUGUAUUAUUCCAUGUGCUUUUUCUCAUUUUUUAUAAUGGUUAAUGCUAAGUGGUGAUCUAUAAAGUUCUAGCGUGUGGAGAUCAAAGGCAGGUUUUAAGGCUGUAAACCUGUUGCUAAUUUCUUCCAGCUAUUAUUAACAACUGCUUAUGGCAGAUAUUUAGUGACAAGAUUAGACAUGAGCCCCAAAUUGUUAUCAGUUGACAGUCUACUUACAAACUGUAGACCACAUUUUUAAGAGAUCAAAAUCUCAAUAAAAGUCUCUAUCAUACCAUAGAAUAGAGGUGAGAUUGGAAAUAUUUUCUUCCAACUGAGAUAUCACACCCACACAUUUGCAAGUGAAUUGCAAGCUUACCACCAGAAACCAAUGUUUACAAAAUAUAAACCCAUUUAAAUAUCUGUUUAAUCAUUAUACCUACUCAGAGUUUAAAGGAAUACGCUAGUGCUAUUAAAAAAGAUGCUGCCAAGGAGAUGCUCUGGUAAUUUCUCGCAUGGAUUACUGUAAUUCUCUCCUAGUUGGUCUCCGCAGAAAUUGAACAGCUCUGCUUCAAUCUGUUAAGAAUGUUGCAUCCAGGCAGAUCUUUCUCACCCAUCGUUCCUCCCAUACCUCGCCCCUCUUUCGAUCCUUACACUGGCUUCUUGUAUCCUGUAGGUGUCAAUUCAAAAUACUAACCCUUACCUAUAAAGCUUUAAACAUCUCUAGCCCCUGUAACAUUUUUCACUAUUUCAUAGAUAUGCCCCUUAUCAGUCUCUCCGCUCUGCCGGUGACCUUCUCCUGUCCGUUGCUUGCACCCUUACUGCUAACUCGCGCUUGCAGGACUUCUCGCAGGCGGCUCCCUUCCUUUGGAACAGCUUGCCUAACCCCAUCAGACUGUCCCCUAGUCUUCAAUUGUUUAAGAAGUCCCUCAAAACACAUCUGUUCAGAAAUGCUUAUAGACUCCCAGAGUAACUUAUCUAUACUUAUCCAUAUUGCUCUCCUAAAGAAACAUACUCCACUCUCUCACCUCCAGUUCUGCUACUUUUCACCUUGUUUGGUGGCUGUCACCCUUGCUGCCCUGUUGUGUUUUUGUACCCUACCACCUCUAGACUGUAAACUUGUUUGAGUAGGGCUCUUAUCUACCUAUUGUUCCUGUGUUACUGUGUAAUUGUCUCAUUUAUUGUAACUUUCCCCCCUUUCAUAAUAUUGUAAAGCGCUGCAGAAUUAGUUGGCACUAUAUAAAUACCAGUAUAAUAAUAAUAAUGUAUUCCAAAUGCUACAGUGUUGAUAUAGUCAUUUAGAUUAUUGAACCCCCUCAGAAGUAAGUCAAUACAUAGUUUUACUUACCUAUUUUACCAGGUGUGCUGGUCUUGUCACAGUCUCCCCGCUGGCUCAGAUCAUCGAUACUAAUGAUCACAGCCAAUCCAAUACUUCCCCAUAGAGAAGCAUUGGGAGAUGUGUGCGCAUGAGUGGAAAUCGCAGCGCCAAUCAGCAUAUCUUCAUGAAGAUGGAUUGAGUCAGUUCAUCUCUAUAGGGAGUGUACAGCAUCUCAAUGCAGAGCGUUAAAAAUACUGAAUGUUGGUCCUUCAAUCUUUGCAUGACUGCAGCCAGGAAGUCCAUGUGACAGCCACUAGAGGUGGCCUAACACCACAAUGUAAACACUGCCUUUUCUUAGAAACUACUAAGUCUGAAUGUGUAGAACAUUAAACUGUAGUGGUUCUGAUUCCUAGAGUGUCUCUUUAAUCAUUAAUAAAUACAUUUAGUACUAUUUUACAUAUAUCUCUUACUUUAUAUCUAUAUCUUGUUCCCAGGAAAUAGUUCGUCCAAUGCCUGAUGGCUUUUGCUGCAAAAGUAUUGACCAAUUUAUUGAACCUCGCCAAAGUCAAGAGAAGGGAAUUUGUACAAACACAAAGAAAAUUGAACAGAUAAGUAUUCUGGAGGAUGAAAAUAAACAAAAAUCAGAUAACUCAUCUUCAACAUUUAGUGAGUCUGAUAAAGAAAAAGGAGACAUAAUAAGCUGUUUAACAGAGAUGGCUCAAUCAAAAAAUGAUAAUUCAGCCAAAUUAAUGUUCGUUUGUCCUGCACAUAAAAUGAAGAAUAAGAAAAAACAUAACUGUCUAAAAAAUGCUGAAGACACUUUUGGCAAAAACAAAGAGCAUGAAGGUUUUCAUAAGAAUUCCAUGGAUCUAUUUCCAACUGCUGGAAAGGGUAAAACACAUGAAACCAUAGAAAAUAUUUCAUGCGCUACAACUCUUCUUGGUAACAAAUGUCCUGAGGGGAAAGUUACGAGGUCUGAGAAACCUAAGGAAAGUGUGGACUGCAGACUUGUGGAAUUACGAAAAAUACUCAACACAGGUCCAGUGGAUAAAACAAGCACACUUGACAAUGGUUGUGGUCAAGUAAUACCAGAUAACUCAGUGGAUCCGACAGAGAUACCUACAAAACUUCAUGUCCUAACAGAUAAUGUUAUAUGUUUAGCAACUGAUGAACACGCUGAUUGUUUGGACCUCGAUAGUGGAAGUGUGCUUGUUGAUAGAACUAUUAAUACAUCACAAUGUAAAAACAAUAGAAAAGAAACACAUUUAUCAAAAACUGAUUUACAUGCCAAAAAGAAACCAAGAAACUCUUCCUCAUGGAAUAACAGCUGCAUUUUAAAUAGAGAAGCUGAUCAUGUAAAUGGCAACAAAAUCUUAAAAAGUAAUCCAAACCAUAGUCCUAAAACCCAGCUGAACAACCGUUUUGAGCAAAGAGAAUUUUUUAGCCCCAAGGAGUUAAAUGCCAAGGCAUCAGUAAGUGGUUCCCUUGCUAGUAAUUCUGCGGGAGUUGACGGUACCUGUUCACCAAAUACAAAGGAUUAUAUUCGGAGUGCUCCGGAGUUCAUACUUGUUUGCAAAGUUUCUGAUACAGUUAGUGGAACAGGAGACCUUUCUAACGAUCCACAAUAUUCAACAAAUGUGGCAACCGUGACAGAUAACAAAAUAUCAACACAUGGUACAGAAAAUAAAGUGGCCAAGAAAAAGUUAAAAGCUCAGGAAAAAGGGCUAUCCAAAAAUUCAAAAUGUAUUGAAAGGCAGUCGUCACUGGUGGUUACUGAGUUAUUGCCAGGAGGUGAAGAACAAAGAGACAAAAAAGAGAGUGCUACAGUAUCUAUAAAAGACAAUAAAAAAGGUAAGAGCUCAUUAAUAUUAAUAUAUUUUACAUACUAUGCAUUGAAACAUGUUGUAGCAAUAUACAAUGUGCAAACAAUGCCUACAUGUAAUCAGUGACAAACAUAUAUAGGUAUGUGGAAAAAUAGGUGACAAGGCCCUGCUCAAAUGAAGUUACAAUCUAAAGAAAGUGUGGGGGUGUUUAUGCACAGUGUGCAAUGUACCCAGAAAGUAAGAUAAAUUAUCAGAUGUAUAAUUCAUAUUUAAUCCUAUAUCACUUGUUUUAUGUUGGCAGUGAAAUGAUAUCCAGAAGGAUGUGUGUAGUGAUGCAAGGAUAUACUGCUGACCAAAAUACCAAGUCUUCCCCAAUCAAUAUAGAAUCAAAAUAUGCCAAUGCCCUUAUUGCAACUGUUGCCCCCAUUAUAUUUGUAGCAAGAUAGAAAGGGUCCAGGUAUAUAUACCUAUAACUUAUGUCAUGCUCAUGACCAGGGCCGGAUUAACAUAGGGGCUCAUGGAGCUGCAGCUCCAGGCCCAUGCCUAUGGAAUAGGCCCACUGAUAAAAAAAAAUAUAUAUAUAUAUAUAUAUAAAAAUAAAAAAUAUAUAUGUAUAAAUAUAUUUUACACUACACUUCACAUGCUCUUGCUUAAAACUUAGGAGCGAUGUAGGGGAACACAAUAAGUGUGGGUUGGCUGACAAUUAAAUUAGUUAUGGUAAAGCUGACUUUGCGCACUAUGUGAAUGCUCUUGCUGCUUCAGUCUCUCUAACACUGUGGCAUGUUCCCUUUUCUUCUACAAUCACUACAUACAAUCUGCCUGCUAGUUAGGAGAGUAGUGGACCAGCGAGGGCUCGGCGACAGUCCUUAGAAAGAGCUAGCAUUAGACACAUUAAUGCUAAGCUCAGGGUGCUGUCUGCACAGUAUGCCCUUGGUUAGUCAUCCUGCAUGAUUGGCAGGCAGCAUGACGUACAUUCACACCAGGCUGACCAUCUAAUUCUUCGUGCAUCCUUUUUGGGCAUGUUUGUCCCUUUGGGUGGUUCUGGUUACAUGACAGUGGCCCACCCUUUUAACCCAGCCACUGAAAUCCUGCUUCCUUGGACACUGCUUUUAGGAGUAAUGGAUUUACUUGAAAGAUAAAAGUGAGAGAUUAGCAUGGGGUGUAUGUUUUCAGAGAGCAGCAUCCUGUGAGCUUCCCUCCAGCACCACCUCCACCAGAUACAUGACGCUUGGGAGGUAUAACUGUUUUAAUGUUUUCUGUCGAUAACAUUCUGUAACUAGGCCCAUCAUAAUUGUCAGCACCAGGCCCAAUGGGCUCUUAAUCCGGCCCUGCUCAUGACAUCCUUAAUGUCCCUAAUUACCUCUCCAUCCAGUAGAGGUGCAGGAUGUAUAAGUUGGGACAUUAAGAAAAGACUCACUGGUGUCAUAGAUGUAAGCGCUCCUUGUUUUCUUUCCAAGGUCAGAUUUACAUGUUAGGUGCCUGUAGGCACAGAAUUCUAAGGUGGCCCACUCCCCCCACCAAAAUUAGGCAGUUAACGUGAAUUAGAAGUAAAUUUAAUACAUUUAACUGGACAUUCCAGACACAACAUUUUUUUAAAAGAACACUACAGACCCCUAAAGCACUUUACCUUACUGAAAAGCUUUAUGUGUGACGAGUGCAGAUUUCAACAAAAAUUGACACUUUCAAAAUUAUACUAGUUAUACACCAAUGGCUUCAAGAAGACAACAGGUCCUGUUACUUCCUGGUGUUGAUAGCUUAUUUGCACUGAACUCAAGAGGCAGCAAUUGGCCAGAGCACCUGCCUUGCAAAGACAUCUCAUUAACAGCAUUGGGAAGUCUAUGAUUGGACAGCCUCAGAAAGUCUAAGCAUGGUUAGGAGAGAAGGGCUUGGAAAGGCAGCAGACAAGAGAACUGCAGCUUUUGCAAGCUUUUUUUUAAUUAUAUCCCCAAUAAAAAAAUGCAUAAUUAAAUCUUGGUGGACAUGUAUACUAAACAGUAACUUUUAUUUAUUUUGUGUUUGGGCAGUGGAGUGUCCCUUAAAAAAUCAUAUAUUGGUAUUUGAUAACAGUAUUUGUAUAUGCAUGUGUGUGUGUAUUUAUUUUACUUUUAAUGCAUUGUGUUUGAAUCUGUGCAUAUAACAAGUGUUUCUAAGUGUGUAAAGAUAAUGUUGGAGGUCGUUAGGGUAAAGGUGAGUUUGAGGUUUAAUAAGGAUUAACAUCUGAAUUGGGUUACAUAGAGUGUUUAGUGUUAAAAAGAUUAAAUGUUUAAGAGGAGUUAUAGUUAUGGUUUAAGGGGUGUUUAGAAUUAUUCAGUUUAUGGUAAGAGUUGAGUAUUGGGGUGAGUCGGGUUUAGGAGUUGUGUGCUCGAGUGUCCUUUCACACAGACACUAGUGAGUGUACAUGGAGCAGCACUGAGUUUCACAUCAUCUAUAACUGUUUCUGCAAUUUUUCAAGUAUAUGAUGCUGACUGGGCUACAGAGGACACUGGUUAGGGCUAACUAUCACCUCACUUGAGCUCCAAAAAGAGUAUUCUAAGUGCUGAAAACAGGUGUCACCUAAAGGACAGGUGCCUGUAUACUCUGCCUAAUUAGAAAUUCGACCAUGCCUCUUGCAGCAACUGGAAAGCUCAUCAGAAAGCCAAAAUGUGUCCCCCACAGUCUAACAGUGUGCUUCAGAUGUUAGCAUGAUGGCCUGAUCCGCACUCUGUUUCACACUCAAAAAGUAAGUCUGUGUGCAGGAGUUAGUAUCACACUAUUCAGGAACUGCCCAAAAUCAUUACCUAAGAUAAUAAACCUAAACUGCGUAGUUGUCUCAAUCCAGCAAAAAAACAAAACAAAGGUUUUACACAAAAGAUGUAAAUUGCGAUUGAAUGUUUAGCACCAUGAAGCCACUGGCGGAUCCAGAGCCUUAUCUCGGGAGGGGCACUCAUAGAUUAUUUAAAGAAACAAUCCAGGCGCAAUAAGCACUACAGCUCUCUGUAGUGGUUAUGGUGCCAGGAGUGCCGUGGUGCCCUCCCAGAGUAAAUAGUCAAACCGUUUAAGAACAGCUUGAUAAUUUACCUGUGGUCUGCCAGGAUAGGGGCUGUAGUAUGGGGAUAGGGCCUUUUGGUAGGUAGGUAGGUGUGUGUGUGUGUGUGUGAGACAGUGUGUGUAGGAGAGGAAGUGUGUGUUUGUGUGAGUGGUGUAGUGUUUGCAUGGGAGUGCAGUGUAUAUAUGGGGUGCAGUGGGAACACUGUGUGUUUGGGGCCAGUGUGUGUAUGAGGGUGUAGUGGGGGCAGUAUGUGUAUAGAAGUGCAGUGUGUGUACGGGAGUUUAGUGGUGUAGUGUGUGUAUGAGGGGCGCAGUGUGUGUAUGGGGGUACUGUGGGGGCAGUGUGUGUAUGGGGGUGCAGUUUGGGCGUGUGUAUGGGGAGAAGUGUGUGUAUGGGGUACAGUUGGGCAGUGUGUGUAUGGGGGUGCUUUUUGGUCAGUGUGUGUAUGGGUGUACAGUGGGGGCAAUGUGUGUAUGGGGGUGCAAUUUGAGCAGUGUGUGUAUGGAGGAAAAGUGUGUGUAUGGGGGUACAGUGGGGGCAUUGUGUGUAUGGGGGUGCAGUGGGGGUAGUGUGUGUAUGGGUGUACAGUGGGGGCCGUGUGUGUAUGAGGGUGCAGUUUGAGCAGUGUGUGUAUGGAGGAGAAGUGUGUGUAUGGGGGUAUAGUGGGGGCAUCGUGUGUUUGGGGGUGCAGUGGGGGCAGCGUGUGUGUAGUUGGGGGAGGGAGCUGAUUAAAACAAAUAAGUGUUUUAUUUUUUUAAAUAAAAAAAAAUGCUUUAUAUCCCCCCUCCCUUCUUAUCUUUGCCCAGGGAGGGGAGCAUAUAAAGAAUAUUUUUUUUAAUUUUUAAAAAUAAAACACUUAUUUGAAAUAGUUCUUAUAAAAAGUAUCCCCCUCCCUUCUUACAUUUGCCCAGGGAGGGGGGAUAUCCAUUCUGUGAAGCCCUGGUGGUCCUCGUGGAUAAUCCCUGGCGGUUCUAGUGGUGAGUGAACUCUAGCCUGCAGCUCCUGGGCUAGAGUUCACUCUCGCGAGAACAGAGCAUUGCCAUGGUAACGCGAGAGGAGACCCGGUGGAGCUGCAGGUCAGAGCUCCCGGGUUUCCUCUUCCUCCUCUCUCUUUGCCGGCCGCCGAGCAAUGUGCCUGUGGACUGGUGGGGGAGAUCUCUGAGCAGGGCUGGCACUUGGAUAGCACCAGCCCUGCAUGGGAGAGCAACGGAUCUCGGGGGGGGGGGGCAAUUGCCCCGUUGCUCCCCCCUGGAUCCGCCACUGCAUGAAGAUAAUAAUCUCAAAGUAUAGGAGUAUUAAUUGCAUUAGGUCAGGCAAGGUUAUCAACAUUACUGAGUAGAGGACUAGUGAUAGACAGGUUUAGGGUCUCUAUAAAACUUUCACCAACAGAUCUAAUACAUGCUGUGAAACAAGAGUCUUUUGAAACAUUGCAAAUCAAAUUAGCUCCCCAGUUUACUUAUUCUUUACAUUAAUUUUCUAAUAUGCUCCCCUAUAUAAGUAAUAAUAUAUGGGGUGUCACAUGAGUUUAUAUUCUAAUUGUCUGAUUCAAAUUCCUUUAUUAUGUUAUAAAAUUCCCAGUUUGAUAUGCAAAUCAGCACAGACCGAUCUCUGCUCAUAUGCAUGUCAAGCUGGGAACUUUGGAAUAGAUGUAGAAUGAUGAUUUAUGAGUUUCUGUGCCCAAGACGAGAGACCCUUAAAGCCCAACCUGAUAUAUGCAGGUGAUACAUAAAACAAUGUUUAAAAAAAAGAUAGAUUUUUUUCAGACAGUGGUCUGGGUAAUUGAAGCAAAAUAUAUGCAUCUUUUAAUUUACAUUGGCAGUGAUUUGCAUGGGAGUAUUUGGGGCAAUGUUUACAAUUGAUGGGUAACAUCUUAUAGUCAAAAGGAGAUACAGAAGAGUGCUGGUAUUUUGUACACUGCAUGCCUUUUUUUAUUUAAAGGAAUAAUCACACCUCAUUGCAGUGGUUAUAGUGUUUGUAGUCCCUUGGCACCAUCAUUUCAUUCAGUGUUUAACUGUUCUUUAGUGGUUUAAUCUGAAAUGAGAAUUCUUAACAGCUUAUCCUGUUUUUGCUACUGGGUUGAAGAAUGACCCUGAGAAUUAAUGACGGCUGUCCGGUUUCAUCGUAUGAGAGCUGCUCGUUUCUGUUAUGUAUUUGUAUGGAUCCGGAUUAGUGUAAUCACUGCCUUAGCCAUUCCUAAAGUGGGGGUUGGGCUGUGGGCAGUAAGGGAUUUAAAAAAUGGUUUAAACUGAGUGGGGGAGGCGGAGAGGGGACAAAAACAAGGGGCUUGAGUAACUAUAACUAAUUUAAUGAGAUGAAACAGUUAUAGUACCUUAAGUGUUAUUUUAAUUCUAAAUUCGUCAUGACCCAUUUUACUGAUAGGAAAUCUCAAAGAGAUACUUGGAAACAGUUAUCUGUCCCAGUUAAGGUUCUUUUAUGACUAAGUAAGCAUAUGGGGGGGGGGGAGGAGGUAUCAAGGCAAAAGUAGGUGCUUUUGUCAGGUAAAGUCAUAAGUAGCGAUCUCCACGUAAACCAACAGACAGCUUCUCAACAUUUAGCAUCUUGACCCAGAAUAUGAAUUGUUUUCAAUUGAUAAAUAUCUCCCAUUAACUUUGUUACACCGCACUGACAAAAAUAAAGAAUGAUAAAAUAUCUCCCAUUGUAUAUGUACAACGGUUUUUAUUGUCACUGCUAUUAAUUAUUGAUCUCAUAACAAAGAAAUGUAGCACCAACCAGUGAUUUAGGAAUGCUAAUUAGACGUAUGUAUAUAUCCAACGCAGCUCCCCAAUUAAUUUGCACAAUCCAUGCGGAGAUGUUUCCUGACUCCUCUGAAAACUUGAAAUUACAUUGUUGCUUUGGUGAAAUCCAUGCGGACUCCACGGUUACUUGGACUAAGGAUUCCAAGCUACUUGCUCGAAUACACAGAAGGUAAGUUUAAUUUAACCUAUAUGUACUAUGUCUUACGGUUUAUGGAGGUUAAGCAAAUUCAAUUCAUCAUGGAAUCCCUGCCUUAACUCUGCUGCUAGCAAACACAAUCACCAGAAAGGUACUACUCCAGUGGGAAAGAACGUGUCAUUAUCAUUUAAUUUGGAAACAUAUUAAAGGUCCCUGAGUGUUAAUAAAAGCUACAAAAUGCAGCUAAUAACUGCGAGUCAAUCAUUAGAGAGAAUACAUUAUAUUUAUUCUAUUUAAAUGUAAAAACUGAUGACUUGUUUGUCAAGAAUAAAUUAAUGGCAGGAAUAAUGGUGGACCCAUUGUGAAGGCUAAAAAUUUCAUUACGUGCUAUAACUGAUAUAAGAUAUACACAGGUAUAUCUGGAAUUAUUUUCCAUAGAUAGAAAUGGACAAACAUAGAUAGAUAGAUGGAUAGAUAGAUAGAUAGAUAGAUAGAUAGAUAGAUAGAUAGAUAGAUAGAUAGAAAGAUAGAUAGAUAGAUAGAUAGAUAGAUAGAUAGAUAGAUAGAUAGAUAGAUAGAAAGAUAGAUCAUCUUGAAGUCCGGAAACAUUUUCCUAAUUGUUUUUGGGUUUCUUUUUAAUUAAAAUGGUAAAAUAGUUAAGCUGUUUACAAAUUAUAUUAAAUGAUACAUCUUCAUUUACCUGCCUUGGAGCUCUUUAUGCUACUGUGCCUAGUGUUCUUCACAUCUCAUUAUGCACCUUCUCUCUUUUCUUGGUUAAUCAGUUUGCAUCUUUUGCAUCUCUUGUUAAAUCUCUCUAACUUGUUUCAUUAUUAGUGCACGGCUCAGGAGAGAGGAGCUCUUUCAAGAGAGUAGAAAGGUUAAUUAGAUGUGUGCCAUCUAUGUCCCUAGCAUAUUGAGUUCCCAAGCAGGUAAGGAGAAAUAUGUUGAAAAUAUGAAAACAUUCUAAAUUUAUUUGAAAACUACUAUACUGUUUUCUUGUUUUGUUUUUGUUUAUAUGUAUGUUGUCAAUGUAAACAUUGAUUUUCUUGGUGAAGAGUUUUAUUUUAUAUUUUAAAUAGUAUAAAUGCUAUUAUGGAGCCGCAUCUUUAACUUUAGAUAACGAUUUUCAGAUUCUUGGGACCAUAAGGAGCCAUGAAGACCACCAACUCAAUUGUAUCUAUGCCAACAAAUAGAGGAAAAAAAACUCUUAAGUAGAACAUUUAUUUCCCAAUUAUGCACAGUUUGAAUCCAUGUGGUUAAUUCUAGGUUUUAAAUGUUAGUAUGUAUCCAUCUAGUUCUUGGAUAACUGGAUUGAAUUAUUAGUUUCAUUAUCAAGCACCACUUUCAAAAAGUCUCUUUGUAAAAUAAAGCAAAUUAAUGGUAAACCAUAAUUCAAUGCACAGAUUGUUUUCCAAUGUGUAGAAAAACAAAAUAAAAAAAUUAAUAAAAGACAGACAUACUGCAAUAUACUUUUUAGCACAUUGAGAAAUACUGACCAGGAUGAAAGUAUGUUCUACUGUCCCUUACACCUUGUCUAUCAAUGUCUAGCAAUCCCCCAAAAGGUUCUGAAAAUAUUUGGAAAACGAAAGUAUAGUAGAGCGCAUUGGUGGAAUUCCUUUGCAAUCUAAUAUUUUGUAGAGGGAAAUUGAUAGUGUUCCAAAGUUAGUAUGUAUAAUAGUAAUAUACAGCAAAAGGCAAGACAAACUCGCCUACAGUCUUCAAAAGUAAUAAAACUAAAACCUUAGGAACUUUUCUAGCAAGCCGAAAUGCAUUGCUAAAAGUGACUGAAGCAGUUACUAUUGUUUCCCCCUUUUAAAAUCUUCUUAAAUGUAUAACUCAGACAUAUCUUUAGAACUGGACUUCAUAAAGUAUACGGACAAACAAUAAAUAAUUUUCUUGGAAACACCUUUAAACUAGUACUCUAGACAACCUACUACAGCUUAUUGUAGUGGUUGGGAUGCGAUGGGUCUAUGAGUUUGUCUCGUAGCUUUUUGUCAAACUAUUUUGGUACAGAUUGACCAAAACCAGGGUUCCCACAAAUAACUACACUGGCUGUCUCUGCAGGUGCAGUGAAAAUGGCUUUUUGUUUAAGUAUAAAUUCCCCCAACUGUGGUCGGUUAUGAUAGACUUGAAGAGCUGAGAUAACCAGUUUUAUCUUACUAAAUAAGGUAUUUUCUUUCUCAAACGAAUCUACUGCCCAUUUGAAAUAAAUUACCUGUAGUUUAGAAUGUUUCCAGUGUUAAUAUUCCAGAUAGGCUUUUUUAUCGAAAGGUUCUACAUUCUUGUAUGUGAUAUUUUCUGUAAGAAUUAUCGUAACAAACCUGAACUUCAUUACACAUAUAUCUUACAGUAGAACCUUAUGCAAGAAAUCCAGACAGACAAAUCCUUCAAAAUGCACACUUUAACAGAUACACCGGGAUGCUCCUUUUAAACUCUGCUUUUUGAAGGAUUUACAUGUCCGAAUUCUUUGCAAAUGGUUCUAACACAUAUUUGAAGGCUCACCACCUACGAGUCCUGGAAGACCAAUAAAUAAUCGCAGUUUUACAGUCGGGCAGUAAUGCAGUCCCUAGCUUCCCCAGAUUUGUUUACGUUAGAGAUACGUGAUUUCAAGUAGCCUUGUAAAAUUUUAAACUGGAGUUUUGUGUGUGCUUCAUAAUACGAAUUACCUGAAGAUAUGUGAGUUGUGCCUGGAAAUCAAGCACAGCAACUAGAACAAGCACAAAAUCAAGCAAGGACCCGGGGCAUAUCCACUAAAUAGCAACACAAUUAAAAAUAUUAAACACAUAACAUACAAAGUAAAAAGAAAAAUAUUUUACAAUAUUAUAAUAAUGGGCAUAAGCAACAGGGCACACACAAACACCACAAUACAAAAUAUAUACAUAAAAAUGAAAUUAAAAAAAUAGUUAGUAAAUCUAGACAAGAAGAGGUCUUGGCGCUAUUUAGUGCUUUGUCUUAUGCAGCCAGUAAGGAGCAUUGUGGGUCUAUGUUUGUGGAUUUAAGUCCAGUGUGUGAAUAUUACUCCAGCGUUUGGGGAUAAUUGAUUAUAUUUGGAGACGAUUAUUUCGUUGCAACGAGUGACUGUUUCUGAUCAGACCACCCUGCAUGUUGUGAGAAUGAAGCAAAUGAAAACUUUGUGAUCUAGCUUUAACAAACAAACAAACAAACGAUGACACCUGCCAUUGUUAAGCCAACAUUUGUUUAUAAAAUGAAUCCGUAUAAAUAUGCUUUCAUCACAAUCCUAAAUCCACUUUAAGAAUACCUUGUGUUUCUAUAUUUAAAAAACAAAAUAGUUUUUUUUUAAGUUUACAGCCUAUUUAAACAUAAUAUGCUUUGGUUAAAAUGAUUGGUGCCAGAUGAUUGAUAGCAAACAGGAUGCAUAUGUAACUGAAGAGGAGCUAACCAGCUGCUAGAACGGCUCACUGAGUGAUCUCUUAACCAUGGUGUCUUACACAGCAAUGUCAGCAGCAGAAACACAGCUUAGUGCUGUUCUCCUGCUUUAGAUACAUACCAGCAAUAUUUAUUUUAUGCUUGUUGUAUAUUGUUCAUCUAUGACCAUCUUAAAAGCUAUUAUUCCCACAGACCAUACAACGUCUAAUAAUGGAAAUGCAUGCAAGAACGCACCAUGCAGCUCCUAAGUAACUUGUAUCAACUCUCUCAAUGCUUUCUAUGAAAAAAACUAGAGGUGACCCUAGGCCAGUGAUGGCUAACCAUGACACCAUAAAUUGUUUCUGGACUACAUUUCCCAUGAUGCUCAGCUAGCUUUUAGUCCCAUGAUGCUCGGCUAGCUUUUAGGUAAUAAAAGCUAGCUGAGCAUCAUGGGAAAUGUAGUCCAGAAACAAUUUAUGGUGUCAAGGUAAGCCAUCACUGCCCUAAGCUGUAAUUUAAACGCUGCUUUUUCUCUAAAAAGACAGUGUUUACUGCAAAACGCCUGUAGGGACUGACUAUACUCACAAGAAUAACUACAUUAAGCUGUAGUUGUUCUGGUGACUAUAGUGUCCCUUUAGAUCAUAAUAAGCAUUAAACAUAGAAACAUAGAAUGUGACGGAAGAUAAGAACCAUUCGGCCCAUCCAGUCUGCCCAAUUUUCUAUAUACUUUCAUUUGUCCCUGGCCUUUUCUUAUAGUUAGGAUAGCCCAUACCGCACAUGCUUAAACUCCCUCGCUGUGUUAACCUCUACUACUUGAACUGGAAGGGUAUUCCAUGCAUCCACUACCCUCUCAGUAAAGUAAAACCUUUGUCCCUCUAAUUGAAGACUAUGUCCUCUUGUUGUGGUAGUUUUUCUUCUUUUAAAUACAGUCUCCUCCUUUACUGUGUUGAUUCCCUUUAUGUAUUUAACUGUUUCUAUCAUAUCCCCCGUGCCCCGUCUUUCCUCGGAAGCUAUACAUGUUAAGUUCCUUUAACCUUUCCUUGUAAGUUUUAUCCUGCAAUCCAUGAACCAGUUUAGUAGCCCUUCUCUGAACUCUCUCUAAAGUAUCAAUAUCCUUCUGGAGAUACGUUCUCCAGUACUGCGUACAAUAUUCCACGUGAAGUCUCAGCAGUUUAGAUACAUAGAAACUACAUUUCCUAUGAAACAUUAGAAAACAAAGGGGUUGCUGAAAUAAAAUCUAGAACCUUAUAUGAUCAUCAGGCACUAUCCACAAGCCCUUAAGAUUUAAUUGAACAAAAAUGUGUACUGAAAGUGUGCCCCAAAUACAGUGGAUCAACACAAAGCAAUUGCCUAUCAAAAAUGAACAAUACUUAUUAUUAUUAUUGCCAUUUAUAUAGCGCCAACAGAUUCCGUAGCGCUUUACAAUAUUAUGAGAGGGGGGAUUUAGCUAUAAAUAGGACAAUUACAAGAAAACUUACAGGAACCUGGUUGAAGAGGACCUGCUCAAACGAGCUUACAGUCUAUAGGAGGUGGGGUAUAAGACACGUUAGUAAAACGUUUCCUUUUAUGUAGACACUAUAAAAUACCCCAAAUAAUAUAUAAUAGGUGAAAACAGCAUACACUCUUGAAUAAAUGUGGCAAUUAAAUAGUGGCAAUUCCACUAUGUGUUGGAGUUAUAGGAGAUAUACUUACCUCCUUCAAAAUAUAUGUUAUGGUUCAUAUAUAUUUUACAUUGUACCUAUAUAUAACGUGGGUUUCAGCACCGAAGCAUUUGUUUAUUUUUUUGGCUUUUGUUAGUGGAGUGCCAAGCUAUCGUUAUUUUCAUAUAUAUCAAUAUCUAUAUAUAGUGAUCAUUGCCCAGCUUGUCUUGUCACUUUGUUUCCAUUAUGUUUUUCCACCUGUAGGAAUCUUUUUGUAACAAUGAAUGUUCUAUUUUGAAUCCAUUUCUGUUAUAUGGUUCUAGCAGCUUGCCUAUGUCUGCCAAUUUACAACUUUUAAUAUAUCUCCUAUUCUUUAUUGCCAGUUUAGACACUACUACUCCCUUCAUUCAUAUUUACUGGCUGUCUAUGUGUUACCAGUGUAACUAUGCAUGCUAGUAUUUUCACCUAUUAUUUAUCAUUUCAGUUUUUUUAAAAUGGCUAAAUAAAAGGAAAGGUUUAAUGUUUAUGUAUACUUUACUCUUGAUAGGUAAUUUUGUUGUGGUGUUUCAUUGUAUUUGGGGCACACUUUCAAUACACAUUUUUGUUCAAUUGCACGUCCUAUAAACAAGCUUGACAAAGACCUCAUAGCAGGUCGAAACGUUGCUACUCAUUUUGUUCUUUUAAAACUGCCUGCAGCUUUAACACCUUGAGUGCCUGGAUAAUUUAUUGUGCUGCUUUGUCGUUGUGGGAUUGCUGGUCCUGCUCCGGAGCACCGGGUGGCUGCUGGGAUUGAGUGUGGCUCCUAUCGCCAUUUUUGCAAUAUCUAAAUGUCUACAGGACCAAAAGAUGGGGUUAUAUUCCUUUAAUGCAGACUUCAUCAUAAUGUAUGUUUUAUUUUACAUAGUGUUGUUUUGAGGUUAGGCUUAUAGUAAAGUUUAGGGCUGCCUACAAAUACAACUCCCAUAAUCUUGGGUAGACUCCAAGCAUUAUCCUGAGAUUAGGGACACUCAUACUGCACAGUGGAGCAAAAGCCUUGAUAUUUCAUUGUCCCUUGAUGAGGGCUUUUCCCACCUAACUCCAUGUACCCAACCAAUGACACGUUGUGCCAAUUUUAACACCAUUAGCCUACAGAUACACAUAUUUGGGAAACAACUAACACUUUAAAGUGGCACUGUCAUGCCGAACUUACCUUUCCCUAAUCGCUUCCUUAGGACGCAAUUCAGGACUUUUGUUCGGAAUUUUAUUUGAAUGAAUGAAACUCCGAUCCUAUUCGUGCCGCGAGUAGAUAGCUCCCUAAUGCUAAGGUUACUUUAUAACUAAGGGUCACUUUAUUAAAUUAGUGGGGGGUAUUUUUAAAACAGUGUUUAGUAGACGUCAGAGGUAGAUUAUUACUAAUACUAAAUAACCUUUGUAUUAGGGAGCUAUUUACUGGCGGCAUGAAUAGGAUCGGAGUUUCAUUUAUUCAAAUGAAAUUCCGAUCCAAAUAAAAGUCCUGAAUUGCGUCCUAACACGAACUGUUCUCGAAAGGUAACACAAAUGGACAAUUUCGAUAGUUUCGCCAGCUUUUGAACGCCGAACGAAGCAGCAGGAGGACGGUGAGAAUUGUGGGAAAAUUGCUUUGACCACAGGAAAUGGUGGGGACUUUGCUCCUCCUCUUGGUCAAAGUUGGUCAAGCGUAGGAAAAAUACAUAAGACAAAAUAGUCCCUACUUUGUCUUGUGUUUUUAAGAAAACUAGAGCAGACAGGACAAAAUGAAGAACAGAUCCUUAGAGAGGGAGAGAAGAGGAAGCGAUUGGGGAAAGGUAAGUUCGGCAUGACAGUGCCGCUUUAAAUAGGAUAAUAUUUAUUAGUCUUUACCACACUAAAAGAUUGCAACAAAACCUGAAGGUAGCACUUCUACACCGCACAACUGAGGGACUGAGUAAUCAUGUAGUCUCCUAAUUUGUGAUAAUUACCCUUUGGGGUGCUGCUAACUCUUUACUUAAACUACAACAAAUUAGCAGUUAAUCAUGUUGUAAGAUAGUACUUUUCACAUCAUGGAACAUAUAUUUAAAUUUUCAUAAGUUUAAUGUCCAAAACUAAAAUUGCAUGGUGUUAGGGGAAACCAAUGCAGAGGAGGUAAUGCUAAAUGACUGUUUAUUGAAAAGUGCAAAAGGGGAGAGUGAGGAUGAGAACAGGGUUGUCGCCGCAGGAGGAGAUAAGAACAACAACAAAAUUAGAGAAGAAAGAAGUAAAAAUAAAGUGUCCCCAUUAGUGCCAAAAAUAAAAUGACUAUUAUAGCCAGACACACCAUGCUCAGAGUUUCAUAUCAUGAAUAUUGUCUAUCUCUGGAGGACAUCAAAUCAUCAAUAAUGAGAAAUGUCUUCCUAUAUGUGUUAUUUGUUAUUUAUUUACUGGAUUAUAUAGUAAAAAUAUUGUAGGGUUGAAGAGGGAUGCGUUUAGCAAGUUUUUCAAAUAUUAGUGCACAAACUUGCAUUGAUAGGGAAUCGGAUUUGGAGAAUGUCCACCAUUUCUAAAAAUAAAUGCAAUAUUUCGAACAAUCGCCAAUCUUGUUCAGCAUAUGAAUGCAUUUGAAACAUGUUCCUCAAAGAGAGAGACACCAUUCUUUUAUAAGCCUGUUCGUUAUGGUUUGCACAAAUUGAAAUAGUGUAAAUUGUAUCACAAAUAUCUUCCCAAGAAGUUUUAUCAAUAGUUUUCCAAAUCUGCAUUCCACUAAGCUAUGCAAGCUCGGGAAUGUUUGCUCAAGGUACUAACCAUGGAAUUAUACAGGGUAGAAUUUUGAACUUUUUGUAUCAGAUGACAUAGCUACUCAAAUUUGAGUAAGUGAGUGAGGUUUCAUCAGAUUGAAGUGGAAUAGUGUGUUCCAGGUCCAAUCACUUGUUUGUAGAAUAAUAUCAGUGUAAUGCUAUAUUUUAUAUAUUAUAGUGCUAUAUGUCAUGUUUGUGUUUUGAAUAUUACAGAUUUCGAUAUGGCAGGAAAUGUGGUGAACCCAGUUGUUAUGUUUAUCAUUAAUGUUUACUGAAUUACCAUUACCAAUUCUCCUUUGUCAAUUAAAGGAAAACUAUCAUAAGUUUUAUUAUUUCUGAAAAUGUGAGCUAACAUGUAAUAUAACCUUCCUGUGUAUUGUUUAGUAAUGAAGACAUAUAAUUCAAUAACUAUUCUAGUGCAUCUUCUGGCUUACCCUUGCUCCAAGGGGCAGCCAUAUUUAGACCUGUUUGAUCUGAUGCCACAUAUCUUCUAAUGUUAUGCAUAUUUUGAAUGUGUGAAACUGUUCCAGACUGCAUUUUUGAGCUGCCAAUUGCUUGGGCAGGAUGUUAGAAUUUGUAAAUACACACUAGCUCUUAAUUAUCAAUUAGCAUGGGUAUGGCUGGAUAACGAGUGCUCCCAACUAAACAUGACUUAAGAUGGCCACCCCAUUACGUAAAGGGUAAUCCAAAAGACAGGUAUUUAUGUACGUAUGAUCACUACACUGUUAUAAACAGCGUGAAUAAAAUACUACCUAUAUUAAUAAUCUUUUAUUUCAAAUAAUGAUAAAAAUCGAUGACAGUUUUUGUGUCAAAUUGUAAAAACAAUGUCAUCAGUGCAGUUAAAUAAUAAUUAUAAAUAAUAGUAAAAAUAAUAUAUCAUAUAACCAGAAAUAUCCUCUCUCUUUCUAGUGCAAAUGAUGAUUCGCCGGUAUCUCUGGCAAUUAGCCAAACCAGUCAAAGGGACCAGGGGUUGUAUCAAUGUAGUCUGAAAAACGUGUAUGGAAAAGCAAGUGCUGAAUUCAAGUUGACUUCUGAAGGUACUAUUUUCUACUUGAUCAACAUGCUGUUUAUUUUUAAUGUCACUGUAUGAACUCAAACACUGACUUUUUCUGUUUGCUCUUUUCUUAGUGUUGGAACAGCUGUCACGCUCUCAGGAUAUUGAAGGUAACUCAUAUUACUUACCAUGGUGGGGUAACAAUCUGACGAUUUUCUCUGAAAGUAUAUAUUAGGCCAACUUACUGUAAAAUGUAGUCACAUUUCAAUUUAAUUUCAUAUUGCCAAAAUAAACAUUUAGAAAAGCCACAAACAACGUUUUUGGGAGUGGCAUAUGACUUACAAAUUUGGUAAAUAUUUUGGAUUUUUUUAUAUUUUUCUAAGAGGCAUUCAGAAUUACUUGAUGUAGAACUUUACUUGUUGUAGGACUACAUGAGCCAUACCAUCUGCUGGGUAGAAAAAUGAAUACAUAAGCAUAGAGCAUAACAUAAGAAAAUAAUUCCUUUGUGCAAGGCUAUCAAAGUACCAGCUCAUAGUCUGUUUCUGAGUCUGACUUUGUGUUCUGCAGACACCCUUCCCAAUGUGACCAGGAUAGUUCUAGAAUUUAGAGAUAUGUCUGAAUCCAUACUUCUCUACUCCCUGGAUUGCAAAUAUUCUGGUCCAACUCAAGGAUGUGAUCAGUCUCUUUUUAUUGUGUUUGAAGAGUAUGUUUGGCUGAAGAGCAGUGUUUGUAUCUGCCAUAUGUUCCAGACGUUCCUUAGUACUAAACGUUUGGCAUUUGGCAGUCCUGGGACGUUGGGGAUGAGGCUGAUAGGUGCACACAGCACAAAAAAGCAACCUCCACAAAGACUUUGGCCUCAUUACAAGUGCUGAUUCCGAGAGGAGAGUGUAAAUCACAUGUGUGAAUUUGUACGUGUGUAUCUGUGUGUAUGGGAGGGUUUGUGUGUGUAUGUGGGAGUGUGUGUGUCUAGGAGCGUGUAACUUUAUCUGUGAAACUGUUUUUCUGUAUAAAUCAACAUGAGGUGGAGCGAUAGGAAAGAAAAGAAAAUAGAAAGGCGCUGCAGUCUUAAAAUAGGAAAACCGUAACCUAUUAAAUAUAGCAUUUUAUGUGUAACUUUAUGCGUGGGAGUGUGUAGCUAUAUGUUUGAGUCGGAGAGAAUGGAUCUGCUAUUCCCAUGGGAAAAGAUGAGUUGGUCAGGGCUCCCCAGGUAAGCUGACUGAAAGCACCUGCCUUAGUAAAUGUAAGGAAGGAGCAGUGAUAUAAUUAGUAGACCUUAAGGAAAACAUGUGAGGAAGAAAAGACACCACAGGAGUAGAUAAGGGGUGGAAAAUCACCAGUAAGCCUUGGGAAACAUUGACAUUGACAAUCAUCUCCUGUAAAAUCAACUUGUUCUGGAGACUCUGAUAAUUGUAUGAGAAGUUGUCACGGUGCUGGGUUGGUCCAAGUCCCAUACCCAUAACCCUUAAUAGAGAGCUAACCAAACAUUAACUCCCAGCUCACGGCAAUGAAAUGUCUUGAAAGUAUGUGAAGCUCCCUGUUGUUUUUGUGUUCAACAGGGAGGUGUUCAACAGGAAUUUAAUGUUACGGUAUUGUAAUUUUUUUUUUUUUUCAUAUAUUCAUUUUUAAUUUGAAUGACAAAAGACAGUAAUAAAGCCAAGUUAGAAGUCAUGGUACAAAGAAGCCAUGACACAAUUAGUUACAUAAUACAAUAUGUAAUAAAUCAUUAAAAGUCAAUAUGUGUGAUUGCAAAAGGCUGCUCUCGGUGCCAAGACAGUAGCAUAAAAACAAAAAGAGAGUAAAACAUGAGACCUGCUAAUCUUAAAUCAUAAAAGCACGAGUACCAGGAAUCCUGCCAGGCAGAGCUAUAUCCAGUACCAGGAGUCCUGCCGGCCAGAGCUAUAUACGGUACCAGGAAACCUGCCAGUCAGUUAUGUCCAGUAGAAUUGUGUGUGGCAAAAAAAUUUGGUUUCAGCCAAACCACUUCGUCCGAAGAUCAGAAAAAAAUAUUACUGUAUGGGCAAAUUUCGGACAUAUGACAGUCCGGCACGUCUAAAUUUCGUUAACAAAAAAAAACUUAUCAGAUGAAAGAAAAGGGCACAGUAAUGGACCAAUCAGUAAACUACAAAAUAUGUACACAAUAUAGAUAUUAUAUUUCUAUUUUGCACUUCACGGAUAGCCAAAUUUGACUCACAGAACUAGUGAGAAAAAAAUGAACUAAUAGAUCGAAAAGAGGAGGAGCAGUAAAAAAAUUUUAAUUGAUAAUUAUAUAUUUAUUACAUAUAUAAUAUAUAAAUAUAGAUUUGUCUACUUUUUUUCCUUCUAUGGUCCCUUCUCACUUUAUCUGAUAAUUAAACGAACAUUUUGUGGCUCUCCCCAGCCUUCGAUCAUCUUUUUUUUCCAACAAUCAUCUCUUUUUAUUGUGCCAUGAGCGAAAUUAAGAAUCUUUAAUCAAAACAAACAAGUAUGUUUUUUGUAAGAUUUGUUUGAUUCAUUGCAGCUACAUUUUGACUCAGAGUUUGGGAAGUCGUACAAUCAUCCGAUUGACCCAGGUUCAUGUGAAUUGCAGCUCAUAACGAAAUGAAUUUCCAAGUCUAAUGUCCAGUAGUAGGACCCAAUCAGUUAUACCCUGUACCAGGAAACCUGCCAAUCAGUAGUGCCCAGUCCAAUGUGGCGAUAAUAACAAUUCUAUGGCUUAUAAUCUAUAUUAGCCACUAAUUGAUAGAGAUGUAUUUUGAGGUGAAUUCCCAGUAAAGCAAUUGGAUCCCUUUUAAGGAGAAAUGGUUUUAUAUUAAGUAAAGGGCCUUCAGACCCUUGUGUCACAUAGUCACAAGAGGACAUAGUCUUAAAUUAGAGGGACAAAGGUUUAAAAAUAAUAUCAGGAAGUAUUACUUUACUGAGAGGGUAGUGGAUGCAUGGAAUAGCCUUCCAGCUGAAGUGGUAAAGGGUAACACAGUAAAGGAGUUUAAGCAUGCAUGGGAUAGGCAUAAGGCUAUCCUAACUAUAAGAUAAAGCCAGGGACUAAUAAAAGGAUUUAGAAAAUUGGGCAGACUAGAUCGGCCAAAUGGUUCUUAUCUGCCGUCACAUUCUAUGUUUCUAUUAUUAUUAUUAUUGCCAUUUAUAUAGCGCUAACGGAUUCCGUAGCGCUUUACAAUAUUUUGAGAGGGGGGGUGUAACAAUAAAUAGGACAAUUACAAGAAAACUUACAGGAAUAAUAGGUUGAAGAGGACCCUGCUCAAACGAGCUUACAGACUAUUGGAGGUGGGGUAUUUGAAACAUUAGGACAAUAAAUAUCAAGUAGGAGUGAAGCAGAGCUGGAGGAGAGAGCAAAGCACUGUCCCAUAGGAGAGAGCAGGAGACAGGUAUGUAAGGUAGAGAUUACUCUGGGAGGCCAUAAGCUUUCCUGAAGAGAUGGCUUUUAAGGCCCUUCUUAAAUGAUUGAAGACUAGGGGAGAGUCUGAUGGCAGUAGGCAAGCUAUUCCAUAGGAGAGGAGCCGCCCGCGAGAGGUCCUGCAAGCGUGAGUUGGCAGUACGGGUGCGAGAAGCGGUCAGGAGGUGGUCACGGGCAGAGCGGAGGGUACGUGGAGGGGCAUAUUUAUGGAUCAGUAAAGAGAUAUAAGCGGGACUAGAACUGUUCAGUGCUUUAAAUGUAUGGGUUAGCACUUUGAAUUGACUCCUAUAGCAUACAGGGAGCCAAUGUAAGGACUGGCAGAGGGGUGAGGUGUGAGAGGACCGACUAGAGAGGAAAAUCAGUCUAGCUGCAGCAUUCAUUACAGACUGUAGCGGGGCAAUACGGCUUUUGGGAAGACCAAUCAGGAGAGGGUUACAGUAAUCCAUGCGGGAAAUAACUAGAGCAUGGACAAGCUCCUUGGUAGCAUCUUGCGUAAGAAAGGGGCGAAUGCGGGCUAUGUUUUUGAGUUGGAACGUUUCUGUCACCGUUUUUUUAACUAAAAAAUAAUAGAUUUCUUGAAUUAAACAUUAUCAACAAGCACCUCACUCAUUACCUGACCACAUGUUUUUUUGCGCCAUCACAAGUGUAGUACACGACUUCAUUCUGGCACAUAAUUUCUGCUCAUGCGCAGGUAACUGCCCUAGGCACGCAGAAGGGGAAGAAUCAUUCUUACGGAAUGGUCAUGAAAUGAUCUUGCCAUUUCAGGAAAGGAGGACCAUGGACAGCCCUAUCAUAGUAUUCUUCAUUGAUACUUUAAAUAAAUGAAUGGAGUGGGAACAAAUUCAUCACUAAUUUCAUAUUUCCCAAAACAUGGUUGAUUACAUUAUAUAUGCAAAUUAUCACAAUCAGAAACCCAGCAUGAUUAAAUAAAACCUUGCAUUCAAAGUCAUAGUUAGAUUUGACAUGAUUAAUCGUCACCGGCAAUCAAUCACAAAUAAUUAGAUAACAUUUUUAACUUCAAAAGAAUGCACAAUCAAAGUAAUGUAAAGAUUAUUCUGAAAGAGUAGUAACUGCAAGAUUGCAGAACAAUUAGGUCCCUUCUUUAUCAAAACAAAUGUGGCAUAACCCGGCAUAUAUAGUUGACACAAUACCUCCCUUUUCUUAGAUAGCUUGGUUAGUUGUAUUAUUUCCCAAUGCCCAAACAAGGAUACAUGUUGUACAGUGUUUGAAAGGAGGAUGUUGGCCAGCUACAUUGGAUAUGUCAUUAACUUAACCUUCUUUCCUUAAGCCUUCUAAGAGAGAAGCCGUCCUUUCCAAAUGGAUUAUUGUCUUUCAUCUUUCCAUCAUGCAUGGAGAAAUGUAUAAUCUAAUAAUAGGUGAUGCUUAGUACAUUUAUUUACUAGAGAACAUGAUGUGCUUUCCACUUUAAGGUUCUUUCUCUUUUUAUUCCUGAAAAUCACAUGCGUAUCAUUGAUACUAAAUUUAACAACGGACCAACUGGACAGAUAACAUUGAUUGUAAACCGCGUAGUCUAUAUUUCUGUAUUUUUUAUUUGUUUAUUUAUGUAUGUAUGUAUUUUUUUAGUGUAAAUUGAAAUCAUUUUGAACAUUGACAGAUAUAUAUUGACACAGACAUAUAGAUAUAUAUUGACACAGAUAUAUUGGAUAUAUAUUGACACAGACAUAUAAAUAUAUAUUGACACAUAUAUAUAUAGAAGGGAACAUUAGGGUCUUUUUACAUUUUUUUUUAUUUUAUUGAAAACAAAUAAUGUGUUAUUUGAUUCAGUUCCAUCGAUCGUGUGUUGUUCAGUGUGUGUGUUGGCUAUUUUCUGUAACAAACCAAUAUGUUGUGAAUGCUUUCUACGCGAUCCCAAUCCAAAUAUGACUCAACUGGUAAGUUUGCCAAACAUGUCAAUAAUUAUUACAGAAUAGAUUGUAAUUUACUCCCCAAAUCUGGCUAUCCUUAAAACAGUACCAGUGAUAACAUUUAACAGGGAAGCUUAUUGGCAGGCGUAACUCCUGGCUACUGUCAAAACCCUCUAUUCAUCCUUGGCAGUUCAUUAAAGUCAGAUGCUAAAGUGGGAGACUAUAGUUUUUGGGGUUUUCUUAGUUUUUUGUUUUUUAUUAUGUAUAUUAUUACAUCUAUGAUGUAUAUUAUUACAUCUGUUUCUGUUUCAACACUAGUCAUUGUUUCCUUUAGUAUAUAUAGGUACAGUGUAACUAGUUUUAAAAAGAAUAUGCUGGGGACAGGCCCUGGCCAUCAUGGUGGAGAGACGAGUCUCACAUGGGCUCCCACACAAUCCUAAACAAAAUAGUUAUCUACAGCCUUUACAUGCCCUAUCUGGACCAACAGCGACAUCUAACUCACCCCUCACGACAGAGGGCAUACAGCGUGUCGAUCAACGGCUUGAUAGGAGCCUACUUACCUGUUGCCAAUCCUUGCGGCCUGGUGCGCCUUGGGGCGGGAGAAACGGACAAUAUCUUGUCUCAGAGGUGCCCAGCAACAGUCAAAGGCACAAGCAUGCCCAUUACCACCUCCCCCGGACCAGUGGGGGUUAUCCUAGUCCCCCUGUGGGAGGCUAUCCAGAUGUUGUUGGAUCGCACGGGGGAGCAGCACGAGCGGAGACACCAAAGAUUGCAGAUACCGCAUGCAUCAACGUUCCCAGCGAGAUUCAACUCGAUGUCCAGGUCAAACUGGACAAAAUAUUUGCGGAGUUCUGGCGCAAGCUGGAAAACAAAUUGUACAAACCUGAUCCACUAGAGUCGAGCAGCGGUUUCUAGUCGACGCACUGUUCAGGGAAACUUGGCUCCAGCAACUCAGAAACGCCCAAUAUGGUGGCAGAGAGCACAGAGCACAUCCCUCCUGGUUAAGGUGACACAGAAACAGUUGUUGGGGCAGUCUGCAGCUCUAGACUGGGCAUUGUCAAGAGAACCAAAGGUAGGUAAAUUCUUGUUCUCGGUCUGUACUAGCCCUCACACUACUGGAAAUGGAGACAGCAAGAGUACACUGCAAGAAGCUGAGCGGAUGCAGUCUUAUCAGGACAGACGGCGGGUGUCGGUGAAAAGACUAUCCACAUGGGGCGUAGUUGCCUGAGAUCAGCUCACAGGGUCCUCGGAGCAACUCUAUGGGCAUACUAAAUUCCCACUUAUCUAGGCACAGGCUUCCAAGAGGUCUAUAUUGCCCAAACAGGACAACACCAGAGCGGGACUUUGCAUGGCCCCUACUGGGUAGGUUGAUUGGAAGAGAGACUCCCCCUGGCACAGUGCCCCAUUUUGGCCUACCUUAUUGACAUCAGUUUGACACUUGCCUUACUUUAGGGGUGCAUGUUUAUUUUGCAGCAAAAUCCCAACUCUCUUUUUUGUUGUUUCUUGUGGAGCACUAGCUUUCUGACCUCAUAGGGGGCUCCAUACGAGGAUUUACUUCUUAGUUAAGCAUUGAUCCUCACUAUGCAGUUUCCUGUUUACUUCUCAUUCCCCCAUUUUAUGUCAGCCUCUCACUGACCCACACAUACAAGCUUCUUGUGCUUGCCUGUCUUUCACAUAAGAUGUUGUAUUUCUUGUUAGUUCUUCCUUUUCUUUUUAUUAUCAUCUUUUCCUUCAAACUCUCUAUGUCUAGACUAGCUACCGGUAAUAUGUCUACUAACAUGAUAGACAUGUCAACCUUACCUCGCUGUGUUAAACCCUUAAAAAAAUUAAUGUCACAGUUAGUCAUGCAGGUGUAUGCUUUUCAAUCUUGAUGUGACAUGAGUAUAUACUUAAUGACUGUAAGCCUUGAUGAUCUUUUCCUGUGAAGUGAACCAAAAAAAAAGAAUAAUAAAAAAAAAAGAAUAUGAUGUCUCUGUAUAUAUCUCUAAUAGAUUCUAAAAAAAAAUUUGACUUACAUUCUAUAUUACUAUUUUUUGUGUUGGAAGGUGAAGUCUUGCUAAGUAAGGCGUACAACACUUAUUCCACAAUCUAGCCAGUGGCAAAUAAAAAUAUAUGCAAAUUUGUACCAGUAUAGUUGAUAUCCGAGUUAAUAUUUUUUUUGAAUGUAUAUAUGCUGAACAAUUCCCUUUAAUCUUGUAAAAUUGCAAUCUCCUGACAGUCUGUCAGUAAGGAACAUACAUGCCAUUAGUAUAAUUAUGUGAUCAUCGGUGAUUGCCCUGCAGGUGUCUGCAAUGAAUAUCUGUGAAUUAUCAUCACCGGGUACCAGCUAGAAUUGAUAACCAUGUCUGACUUUCUCGAAUUAUAUUUCUCAGUGUGAUAAGCAUUGCUAAUCUUUUAGGUGGCGAGGAGAUUGAAUUCAAUCAGCUUUUGUUCAAAGAAGACUUUAUCACUGAUAUGUACUUUGGAGGCAACCUACAUGGAAAAAUAGUGACAGAGGAUUUGCAUUUUGGAGAAGGAGUUCACCGGAAGGCAUUCAGGAGUAAAGUUAUGUGCGGCCUGCUGCCUGUUUUUAACCCUGGUCACCUCUGUGUCCUUAAAGUCCACAAUGCAAUAGCAUAUGGCACCAAGACUAAUGAUGAACUUGUCCAACGAAAUUACAAGCUUGCUGUACAGGUAAAAUUUAUUUUUAAUACUAAAAGAAUUGAAUUUCAAUCAUAAAACUCCAUAUUGAAAAACAUGUGUGUAGAUAUAUUGUAACUACUUUUUAAAAUAAUCUUUUCUGAAAAGUCUAGCUAUAUUAUAGCCACAUACUCAUUGUCAUUUUAUCAGAGCCUUAAUGAGCCAGCAGUAAGGUAAUCUUGGUCCAAAUGAAAUCUCCAGCAUACCACUCUGAGCUUAGUGAUGAAACAUGAUCAUAUUAAAAGUUUAACUUCAUGGAACACUCUGGUCACCAAUAGAAUUUAAGUGCACCUGAUAUUCAAGCUGUCCUUUUCUUCACAUUUAAAUCUAAACAAUAAAACAAUUAUAAAAACUGCAAAUAGGCCAAAAUAACUGACCUGCAAAAAUGGCUGAAAAGCACAUCUAUUUUCAGUUCUGCUAUUUUUAAAUAAAAUGUACAAUUUUCUUGCAAUUCUCAAAAUUAUUGGUUUAGGGAAUAACCCUGAAUGUUCCUAAAUUUUCCAUCUCCGUUUCUUUCUCGUACCAUUCUUCUUCUAAUAUCUCCAGCGCAGUCGUUUUCAUUCUUACUCCAGACCCUCCUUCUCUUCACAUUUAGAGAACCUCUGGUAAAGAAGGGGGGCUUACACCAAAAUACUCCCCUUCCCCUCUUUUAUUAUCUGACAUUUGAGGUGAAAAUAAUACAGUGGAUGAGUAUCUGUCUCUUAACCCCUCAAAUGGAUGACUACACAUAGACCUUUGUAGUAAAUGUGAGCAGACAUUUAAAAGUCUGUUCACGUGUAAAAGUCAUCAAUGGCCAAUUAAAAGUCAGCAAGUUUGAGUUUCAAAUGUCCUGGUUUUGCUUGAAGGGAGGACCUACCUAGUGGUUCUUUAUUCCUCCACACAUGUGCACAUUGGGUGAGAGGUUAAGAUAUAAUUAGGGGGAUCAAAUGGGAUAUUGGGAUAGUAGUCGCAGAAGAUUGGAAUGUUGUGCCCAUUCACAAUAAAGGUAGUAGGGAGGAGUCAGGCUACUAUAGGCCAGUAAGAUUUACUUCAGUAGUGGGGAAGGUAAUGGAAAUCAUGUCAAAGGAUAGGAUUGUUGAACAUCUAAAAACACAUGGAUUUCAAGAUCAGAGACAACAUGGGUUUACUUCAGGGAGAUUUCCUAAAAUGCCAUUGCUGUUUUGUUAUUCAUUGUAUAAAAUGCUGUGUUGUCUUUACAGGAAUGCUAUGUACAAAAUACUGCUCGGGAAUACGCAAAGAUUUAUGCAGCAGAAGCAGAACAGCUGGAGGAGUUUGGAAAAGUACCUGAGUAAGUGAUACUGCUAAAUGAAUUACAUCUGUGUGAGUGAGGAUAGAUGACUCAUUCUGGUUGAUUUCAAAGUAAGCUUCUUACAACACAAUGUUUCUUUCCUGUGCUUGGUCAUCCAAUUCUCCAUUAACGGCUGAACACAGCCUCCCUGUCAUCAGUAGGGAUCAAGGGGGACAAGAGAGAUCUCUUCUGAACAAGGCAGAGCUUUCCCUUUUUCUAUGGGCUAAUUUCAUAGAAAUGGUGCUGUAGCACCUAUCUGCCAUCUUCGUUUUCAUUUCAUAGGUUUCCUGAAAGCAGUUAGUGAGAAAAUGUAUUAAGAAAUGUCCAAUUAUGUAUUUAUCUUCCUAAUGUGCAACUAGUGCAAGGGUUGUAAUAAUGUCUGCUCACAUUUACUACAAAGGUCUAUGGUCUAGGCCUCUGGUUCAAUGGAUUAACUCAGAACCAUUACAUUAUUUAUUCAAAAACAUGCUUUACUAAAUAUUUUUUUUCUUUUAUGGACUUUUUUUGUUCCAGAGCUGCUAAAGAGCCACAUAUAAUAUUUACUGUGCUCUUCCUGCUGCUGUGGAAUUAACUUCACAUACACACAGACACAGGCGCACACACACAGGCAUACACAGAUAAACAAAAAAGAUAAGUACACACAUCAGCUUCACAAAGCGUCACUCACCUACAUACACAUACAGACAAAGAAACACAGCCAGAUACACAUAGACACACACAUACACAGACACACAGGCAGACAAACACACAGAUAAUAUUACACGUACCCAGAAAUACACUGGCUGCUGCUACAGCUACCUACAACCUGUCACAUAUGUACAGGUGAUGCAGUAAGGAUUAACACCCCUGCAAUUCACAAUGUCAUGUAAAUUUUACUGCAUUUACAAUAUCUUCUUUUUAUAUCUCUGUCUAUAAAUAUUGACUACAGUUGCCAACACAUGCCCCAUACAUUAUACAUUUCACUUCUUAAAUGUUCUUUUCUACACUGAACAGUAUAUCCUCUUCCCUCCAGCCUCCCAGUAUUUCCUUGAGUCACCUUUAAAUGUCUAUGCAUGGCAAAGCCCCCAGUGAGUUCUUUGCAUUGACCUUGAGCGUACUGGUAUUUAGUAAUUAUAUCUCCUCAAGGCAUCUCUCUCCCGAGUAAAUAAAUCCUACAUGCUCCUAUUAAAUUGCACAUACUUUAUAAAGUAAAAUAAACCGAUCAUACAAUAGAAGCAGUGUUUUAUUAAUUGAUUGAUCCCUUUUUUUUUCUCCCCUGCCUUCAAAUGCAUGCUGAUCAGCUGGUGUAGCUAUAGAGGGGAGGUUUUCUUACGCCUGGAGCUCAUGCUAGAUUUUCUGUUCUUACACAUCAGACGUUGAAAAGCUGGUUGAAACUCUGUCUGUCUCUGACUCGCCUGUGGGAUACCCACCUGUCCUUGUCUAUCAGCAGCAGGAGACUACUUUAAAUUCUUCUAGGGCUGUGGAAUAAAUUUCUAACAUUUCGAUAGCCGAAAACAAAAUCUGUUUGUUCAGAAGCAAGCACGCUUGUUCUGUCAAGGGAAAUGAGUUGGUUUGCUAAUAUACAGAUUCGCAAUACUAAACUGGAAUCGAUUUAAAUUUAAAUGGACUUUAAUUUAUUUUACAAGUAAGUGGACACUCAUAUCUUACUUGAUAUUGAGCAACGUUUCGUACAGUGAAAUCACAUGCCCAUAAUUGUGACCAUGCAGAGACAAGUUAUCUAUUAAUAGAUAUAACGAGAGACAAGUGGCCCUCAGAAAUGGAUUGCAAACUUCUUAAAGCAAAAUCAGCCUCGUCAAAGUAAUCUGUUUGUGUUUAGUCCUCUUUGUCUCUCACUAGCUAGAAAAAAAAUCAAGUCCUUCUCUGGGUACAUUGAUUUAAACUUUAGUAUACCUUGUUCUAAACAAGUAUUCCUCCACUUAUCUAUUUACAUGGAUGCUGUCCAGGAGGUGGGAGGGUCUGGGAGGGAGGGUCUGCUGGAGAUUGGCCGGGAUGUGUCAGCUGACCGGAGUUCACCGCGAACGGUUCGUGGCGAACCGCAACGAGCCGUUCGCGGGAAGUUCGCAAACGGUUCGCGACAUUGCUAGUUACAACCUUUUGUAAUCAAAUUGCUAUUGUUCUUUCUUGUCUUGAUUUAAGGAAGAAAAGUAACGUAAAACAAUGCAUAAUGUUAUGUUGCAUUAGACAAUAAAAUCCAGCUCUUUAAAUAGUUGCACUCACGAUAAAUUUGGAUAUAAUAGUGAAUAUAUAUAUAUAUAUAUAUAAAUAAAUCAAGAUAUGAAAAUAUUGAAAUGCUGAAAUAUUUUUCAAAAUACUAAAUCAUUUGAAAAGCCUAUCCUUUGUUAUUAACAUAUAUUGCUCAAUGAAUGUGCUUGAAGGAGUACAUUUUAAGCACAGAGCCCACGCCUGUAAUAAGGAGUUUAGACAAUACAUUGAUUGAUGAGUUUACACUGUUUCCAGUUAGCAGUAAAUGAUAAAUCAUACAGGACAACUAACAGGUGGGAACAAAGAGGUACAUCCAGGGCCAUUUAUUUUUAAAUUCUUAGUAAGUUCCAAAAGUUCAGCAGAACAGAGCUGUCAAACACAUGGAGGAGGCAGCUGAUAUGGCUUCAAUAAAGAAGUUGUGUACUGAAUUAACACAUAUGUUUAGAGAAAGUAAUUAUCAAUAAGAAUCAUAGGGCUUUCAGUACAGACAAAGUUCCAGGUGUGUGUAAUCAUUCAAGAGGUUAGUAGCAGGAAACAGGGCAGCAGCCAAAAAUACUACAAGAUAAAAGCAUAUUUCUGUAGAAGGGGAUUUCUAUAAAAAGGCACCUUCUGAUUGUAAACUGUGCAACCAUUACUCUCUCUGGUCUGACCUGGUAUGAUAUUUAAAUCGUUUCAUGGUUUACCUUUGUAUAACUCCAUAAUCCAUAAUCCAUAAUCACUGCAGGGCUUUUAGAGUGUCUGUUUAGCUAUUCAAUUAUUUAUAAAAAAAAAAAACAACAUAAUGGAACACAAGAAGGAACAGAGAUAUUUGUAACACCGGUCUAAAACAAAGUAGAGCAUGGAAGGAUUCAUAGAGAAUCCCAGACUUAUUUCCCACAGCAGGGGUUUUUAAACCUUAGUCAGAAUCCCAAAAUGGAUUCCUAUGUCAUUUUAGUGGUUCCUUCUGAUUGGAAAAUAACUCAGAAGUAAAAAUACUUUUUACACGCAAAUGACAUGGAAAACGUAUAUAGAGUUUGUUUCCAUGCCUUACACAAUCAUUCAAAGACAAGUCGGAUAUUAUUAAAAUGGCUGUCACUGCUGUUAAUGAUUACUGACAGUUUCCAUGCAACAAACCGGAACGUUUAAUGACUUUUAGUUUGUGAGUGAUGUGAAUUUUAACGUCUCCCACAGAGACAGGAGUUGCUGAAAACUUACGCCUUUAUGACACUGCAUGUUGUCUGGAUGGACAAAAUUCUGUAAAAAUGACCAAAUUCGGACCGCAGUGGCAAUUCUCGUAAUUACUAAAAUACGGUCUGUACAAAUCUGUUGCAAUAGCAUGAAUGCAUUUCAUGUCCAGAUUAAAAUCAGUGCCAUCCCUCAUUAUUUAUUUUAAAGUCUCCUGUCUGAUGACCACAGGAAAAGGGGACUAUGCAAAAAACAAAACAAAAAAAAACUACCACCUGUUGCUAUCUGACUUAAAGUUAGGCAAGCUUCAUUUGGUUGUAAAGAGGGGAAAAAACAAGUUAGUGACUGAAAUCUCUCAAAAUGUCCUUUACUAAAACAACAAUAUUCUAGAAGUACCUUUAAACACCAAAGCCUACCUAUAAACAUGUAUGCACCUGUGAUAUUUUGCAAACCAUGUAAACCUGGAAGUAAAAUGUAAUCAAUAUUUGAGGUGAAAUGACUCAUUCAAAGAAGCCAUAAACAGGCAAUUUACAGUAAUUGGCCAAGAUAUUACUGGUUUAAGAGCAAAUUAGGCUAACUCUCUGAUAAGUUCUUGGCAAUUACUAGACUUGUGCAUUAAUGCUUUUCAGCUUUUCACAUUAAGUGCACCCACACUUAUUAUAUAUCAUUUUGUUCAGGAGAAACGAGUUUUCAUCUCACAUCAAAUAUUUAUAUGAAACAUAAUUUAAUAUGAGUAAAAUGAGUAAAAAAAAAUAAUAAGAAAUGUUUUUUUUUUCCAAGUUCUGCAUGGCAUUUUAACUGUGAAUUUCAAAAUAAUGUUAUGCAUAUGUAUAUUUAUAUUUUAUUCUAAGUGUAUAUGUUUAUAUAUAUAUAUAUAUAUAUAUACACACACUUAGAAUGAAAUUGGCUUGGAUUGGCUACAGUGAGACUGCCAGGGUUGUCAGGCAGGUCCCCUGAUCAGGAUCGGAGCGGAUGGUAAGUGUUUGGGCUGGAUGGAGGACCCUCAAAGCCCUCCUAACUUUCAGAUGGGGUUAAUCUACACUCAAACAAAUUGAUUCAAUUAAUCAGAUUCCACAGGUAAAUCCUGGACAGAUUGAUUUGGUCAGGCGUAGAUUAAAAGGAAUUUUCUUAGGUCAUACCAGCUGAAGAUAACAAUCUGCACAAGUCUAACAAUGACCUGUUUAAUAAUUAAUCUGAUUAGAUUAGAAACCAGCCUACAUUUUGUGAGUAUUCAAAAGUUCUAAAAUACUGCCACCAGAAGGCUGAAUUUCACAUGGAACCAGUUUGAACAUACAGAUAUAUUUCCCUUUUAACUUGAUUUAAAUUUUACUCCACAGGAUAAUUCCUAUAUUUCUCAUUCAUCGACCAGCAAACAAUAUCCCGUAUGCAACAGUUGAAGAAGAGCUUAUAGGAGAUUUUGUGAAAUAUUCUGUUAGGGACGGGAAGGAAAUCAAUGUCUUGAGAAGAGAUUCCGAAGCCGGGCAGAAAUGUUGUACUUUCCAGCAUUGGGUAUAUGAGAAGACAAAUGGCAACUUGCUGGUCACUGAUAUGCAAGGUAAUUGUUAAUGCAAUGGCGUAUACAUCCUAUGUUUUUAAAGUAUUUGAUAGUCCAGGCAUAGGCAACCUUUUGGCACUCCAGAUGUUUUGGACUACACCUCCCAUGAUGCUUUGCCAGCAUUACCGGUGUAAGAGCAUUAUGGGGGAUGUUGUCCAAAACAUCUGGAGUGCCGAAGGUUGCCUAUCCCUGUCAGUCUAUUAAGUCAUAGUGUUGCACAUUCUCAAAUAAUCAUAUCACUGAUCAGCCAUAAUAGAGAGUUUAUUAAGAGACACACUUCUGGUCGGAGUUAAUCUAUUUUUUUUUUUUACUUGCUUAGAUGGAUAAUGCAUAUUAAACAUAAGCAAAAUAAAAUGUAAAUUAAAAAUAAUUUUAAAAAAGAUACUAGCAUUUGAAAUUCAUACUUCCAUAACUGAAAAGCCACAUGCGUCUAUCAAGUUCAUCCUUACUCACAUCUGUUUUUCCUGUUGAUCCAAAAGAAAGCAAAAAAAAGGUUGAAAUGCUUCCAAUUUUGCAACAAACUAGGAAAAAUUGCUUUCUUGACCCCAGAACGGCAGUCAGAUAUUUACUUGGAUCUAGAAGUCUUAGAUCUUUGAGUUCAGCUCAUGAAAAAUGGGGGUAAAAACAAAAGUGUUGCGUUUAUAAUUUUGUUCAGUGUAGCUGGUAAUAAUUAGCAACCCCUAAAAUAGAUAGCUAGAAGAAAAUCUUUCUGUAGGAUAGUAAAGAAACUGCAACCAAUUUCAUUGUCAGUAGAUGGCACUAUGGCUUUCCCAAAAUAACAUCUGGUAUAUCAAACUGCAAAGCAAUAAGCUCUGCUCAGACAACGCUCUCUAUGCAUACAGACUGAAAAUGUCUUAUUUGUUGACAGACACCUGUAUCCCAUCAUAAAUCAACCUGGUGUAAAACCCAGCUCUUUCCUGUAGAAUUGACCAGGUAUUGAGGUCCCUUUAUUUGGUCAAACGAUUGCUUCUUCCAUUGUAGUUUUUUGUUCCUCCAGUGUUUUGUGCUUCACUCUUCUAGUUCAUAAAUUGUUUGGAUUUCCCAUUAUGGAUACUUGGACAGAUUAGGAGUCCACUUGCAUGGGGCCUGACUCUGCUGACUUCUUAACCCUGUAUCCUAGCAGUUGGAUACCCCAAAAUAUCCCGUCUUAGGUGCCCAUCCCCUGGGAUAGAAAGGCUGCUUUAUGCAAAUACCCAUGUCUCUGUCUACUAUUUCCAUGCCCCGAGUGGUUGCACCUCUUUUUGGGCCCUCUCCACACACAGCUAAAAUAGAAUUUAUAUACUGCCAUCACACAGCGAGACUCGCUGGCACCAGACCUAUCACGGUACCAUCUGCCUGCUAUUAGCUUUCACUAGCAGCAUUCAUUUAAUAAAUUAGAAAGUCUUUAUGUGUGGUGCCAACUAGAAUCAUUAUCAGCCUAUCCACAUCUAUUUAUCUGUUAGAUAAAUGUUUGUGACCCUAAGUGUCCGUUUCACUCCCAUUGAUUCAUAAAGACAGAUGAUCUUUCCAUUUGUCUCAUCAACUAACAUUCUGGUACCUGAUGUGUCACCCUUUUGGAGUUUUUUGUUUCUGUAGCAGAUUAACCCUGUCAUUCUAUAAAAGGUUAUAUAUUUUUAAACCAGUAGCGUUAAAGGAUUUUGAUAAAGCAGAAACCUGUUCUAGAUUCUGGCCAUGUGCUAUUUGACUUUCACUGUGCGGUUGGGCUUUGCAAGAGCUAAACAUUCUUAUUUUUUUAUUAUUUAUUCUGCAGGUGUUGGAAUGAAGUUAACAGAUGUUGGCAUAGCAACAAUAGCCAAAGGGUAAGAAACCGUGUAAUAUAUUUCUUAUCUUCUUUUUCAUCUUUGGAAGUGGAGCAAUAGGCUCCUCAUAGCUCUGCAAUCCAUACAGUUAAGGGCAUAAAAUGGUAAAUAGAUAGAUAUAUAUAUAUUUUUAAUAUUGCUGUCCUCAAUGAGAUAUUGCUAUCACUCUGUGAAGAGGCAGAACCUUAAAAAUAAUAAUCAGAACUAUACAUGUGUAAAAGUGGACACAUUAAAGGAACACUCCGGUGUUAUAAAUAAAUACAUUGUUGAUUACGUUGAAGUGUUGUAAAGUGCAUUUAAAUUAAUGGACAUCCUAUGCUGUAAAAUAAAUAGGUUACUUACAUUUAAUCUAGAGGUGAGAAUCUGACCUCAUUGCACCAUUGCUCUAUUCCUGGGAGAUCAUCAUACUGUACAAUCAUACUGAAACAGGAAUGAGUCAAACUAUUGCUACAAAGUUGGAAGCAUCCAGUUGCCUAAAAUGUUGUUGUUUCCUACUUGAUGACGAUUAUCCUUCGCUUGAAGGAUUGAACAGGUGAGGUGGAAACCCCUGAACUCAAUAAUGAAUAAGGCCAUAUAGUCUAUCUCGACUCAGCAAUGGAUGUUAGAACAAGCCACAGUGUUUUUAAUUGAAAAUAAUAUAUAAAACUCUGUAUACAUAGGAUUGUUUUGUUUGUUUACAAUAAAGUUUAUUUCAUGGUUUUAAUAUGUAUAUAUGCACUUGUGUUUUUCUCCAAAUCAGAUACAAGGGGUUCAAAGGAAACUGCUCUGGAUCUUUUAUUGAUCAAUUUAAAGCCUUGCAUCUGUGCAACAAGUAUUGUGAAAUCCUGGGUUUAUGCUCUCUAAAAUUGAGCCAAAAACAAAAGAAGCCAGCUCAGGUCAAAGAGAAAUCGCAGCCAAACCCACCCAGCUCCAAAAAAUCUAAGCAUGGUACAAAGGCAAAAACCAAGAUGUAGCGUUCAGCUCAACCGUUAAGUUGAUAGAGGGACAGUUUCUACUCCUUGAGACUUUGCAUUUCUUGCAUAAUCCGCAUCUACAAUCUGAUCCUUGAUAUCUGUGCACUUCCCGAGUUACCGUCAAUUAUAUUUGUGGUACAUGUAGCAUUAUGUUAAGUAAUAAUUACUGUUAAGCUCUGAGAAAAGAAUAAAAUAGUAUUCGUAGGCGGCAUGGUACUUGUAAUAAACAUAACUAACAGAGGUUAACAAGGAAUGUGUGUCCAUCAGGUUAAUCCAGUUGACUAUACCAUUUUUUUAUUGCUGGUCAAAGUCAGAAAAACUAUUUAUUUUUUAAUUCAAAGUAUGUCAAUGAGAUUUCUCCUUGGAUCAACAUUCAACCUGUAUUGACAUUUUAACUGGAGAAAUAACUGCUGUGCCUAAAAAAUCCACAAGCGUUUUCCUAAAUAUAUCAACUUUAUAUGACAACACAGUCUUUUAAGGCUGUGCAACGCAUGCUAAAUACUGUACACGAACUGUAAAGAGGCAUUUCUACGGCGGAAGCAAAAUUGCUUUAUUCAAACGUCACAAGCCUUCUAUAGAAGAGACAAAUAUUGUGUUAAGUUAAUGUUUAACUGAUAUGACAAAAAAAAAAAUCAUCUUUUAAAUUGUAUUAUUGUUGAUACUUCUAGCUAAUGUAGCCGUGUUUAAUUCUUUUCAAUCUCUUGGUAUAUCCAACAAUUUAUUACUUCAAAAAGUAGCUAAUGAGAUAACACUAACAGGGUUAUUUACUAAAGUGAGAAUUCAGGGUAGAGAUCAAGUGAAUUUCAAAUUAAAGUCCAGAGUAGCCAAACUGAAAACAUAGCUGAGUUAGAAAAUGUUCAUCUUCAGUUUGGAUUCUUGCUGGUAAUUAACUAUGUAAAUUAAAAAGUUGAUGUAGGGAAGCAGCCCCUUCAGUAAUGUCCUCAAAUCCAAUUGAUUACAGGGUGAUAUGAAAUGAUAAGAAAAGAAUAAAAACUAAAUCUAAUGCAGUAUUUUCAUUGCUGGUGAUAUUAGUUGAAAAGAAAGAAAUACACUUACAGUGUUCUUACAAUUACAAUUGUACAGUUGCAAGUUUAUUUCUUUAUUUUCAUCUAAUAUCACAUGCAUUGAAAAUACUGCAUUCGAUUUCAUUUCAUUGUCUUCUUAUCAUUUCAUAUCACCCUAUACUCAAUUGGAUUUGAGGACAUUACUGAAGGCGCUGCUUCUCUACAUCACCUUUUCACAUUUAUCUACAGCCAGAAGGAAGAGACUCUGGUUUGGGAAGUUCUUGCCACUUGUGAUUGUUAAGGGUGUUUCUAUUGUAUUAAGUUCUAGCAGCCAUUGCAAAAGCGCUAGAAAUCCAAUUUCUUCUAUCCAUUUAACCCUGUAAAUUACCCUGUCUCUGUAUUACAAAUAAACUACAGAUCUCCCUGUGUAACACCAUAUAGGAGAUGAUACUGUUUCUAAUGAAGAAAUCCUUAGAUUUCAUUAAAGGAUCACAAGAGGGUCAGGAACACAGACAUGUAUUGAAUGUAGUGAAAUGUAGUGAAAACCCACCAUUUAGGUGGCUUGCCCCCACCCCAUCCCCUUAGCCCCCUCAGAAUGGGUUAAAACAUACCUUAUUUUCAGCUCUCCACGGGUCUGGCUGUGCUGACCCUGCCUCCUUGAUGACAUCAUCAAAAUUGCAGAUUUGGGGAAAGCAUUGAGGAAAGCAUUGGAUUGGCUAAAAUCUGCAAGGGGACGGGGCCAAACGCCAUUUUGGCCAAUCAGCACCUCGUCAUAGAUAUGCAUUGAAUCAAUGCAUCUCUAUGAAGAAAAUUCAGCGUCCCCAUGCAAAGUGUGGGGACGCUGAAUGGCAGGACUGCUUACUGUGCAGACCUGAACCAGGAAGCACCUCCAGUGGCCAUCUGAGGAGAGGCCACUUGGAGGUGUCUAUGAAAAGGCAGUGUUUACAUGAAAAUGCCUGAAGGGAGCUAUUAUACUCACCAGAACAACUACAUUAAGCUGUAGUUGUUCUGGUGACUAUAGUGUCUCUUUAAAAUUCCAUGCAGUUGUUAUAGAGCAGUGUUUCUUAAACCCUGCAUUAAGACUGAAAAACUGGGCCCUAACAUCAUUUUAGGCAUAGACACAUCACACAGCUUCCCACCAUAGAUAUAUAUUUGAUGGUAUUUAUACACUAGAACAAGUCACUGAGCUUAAUUCUCAAAAAAAAAAUCACAAAUCUAAUUUUAAACGAAGACUGAUUUGCCAAGCUAUUGCCACAAAGGGGAAUUGAUGUUUUUAUUAACUGUAUCACCAUUUUAAUAUCUAAAAACAAUAACUGAUUUAGACAAGCUGGAAAUGAGUUCAUACUGUAGGUUUAUGUAAAUGAUCUCUGUAUAAUAUUGUACUAAGAAUCCUUUUGUAUUCAUUGAUUAUUUUUUUUCUGGUGUAUCCUGUAUGCAUUGGUUUUGCUCGUCUAAUAAAUAUCUGUAACAUAGUAACAUAAUGGGAAAUAUUUUCCAUAUUAUAUGAGUUCUAUUGAGACUUUAAUUUGUUAAGAUCCUGAGGGGACCAUAUCCUCUCCCCUGAGUUUGGUACUUACAAGGAUGAUAUGUUAGAUCUGCUAUUACAUGUUAGAUAUAUUAGAUAAUUUGUGUGUGUUGUUGUAGAAUUUGUUUAAACACUGGAUAUUCACAUUGUCAUGUAUUUAUUUAUUUAAUAUUUAUUAUACAAUGUUCUUAUUUUACCAAAAGUGGUUGUUUCAAAAUGCCAGAAAACCUUCCCAAUGAACUGGGAUUCUGAACAUGUGGUAUUCCAUUAUUAUUUAAACCUGGUUAUAUUCGCUUAUGUAUUGGAGACAUAGCUGCCAAUACUAUUUGCACCUAAAGCAAUACAAAAAGCAAUAUUUAUUAUAAUAAUGUUGUUUUCAUGCUAUUUUGUUGGAUUAAAAACGAUAUAAAGUAAAUAAAUAGAUUCUAUCAUUAGUCCCGCACAUUUAAAUAAAUGUUAAAUUGGUUUAAUCUAUAUUGUGCUAAUUAAAAGGAUACUAUAGGCAUCAAAACAACAAGGCAGUUUUGAUGUAAAGAUCAUGCCCCUGCCAUUUUACUGCUCAAUUCUCUAUCAUUUAGGACUUAAAUCACUUUUGUUUCUGUGUGUAUGCACUUACACAGUUAAAGAUGGUUUAACCCCUUAAAACCAGACG